AUGGAGUACCGAAGUGAGCCGAAACCGGACGUUGAAUCACCCCGACAGGGCAGCAACAUGAUAGCACCCCAGGAAAACGACACCGGGUCCUCUUUUCUUGAAGGGGAGAGCGAAAAGCAUCUGCUCUGGAAAAUCGAUAUACAUAUUUUGCCGAUGGUUGUGCUUCUCUAUUUAUUUAGUUUUUUGGAUAGAGUGAACAUUGGCAAUGCUCGACUGUAUGGUCUGGAAGAAGACUUAGGCCUAGUUGGGAACCAGUACCAGGUCGCUGUGUCUAUCUUAUUUGUAACCUACUGUUUAUUUGAAGUACCAUCGAACCUGGUCCUCAAGAAACUUCGGCCGUCACGCUACAUUGCAUCGAUUUCGGUGAUUUGGGGUAUCAUAGCGACCCUAACAGGAAUCACCCAGAAUUAUGGAGGGCUGAUCGCGUGCCGUCUCCUCCUAGGUGUUGUGGAAGCCGGGCUAUUUCCCGGGCUUAUAACAUAUCUCACCCUGUUUUAUAGCAAGCGUGAGCUCGCUCUCCGGACCGGGUAUCUUUUUAGCAGUGCAGCAGCAGCCGGUGCAUUCGGCGGACUUCUAGCAUAUGCAAUUGGGUUCAUGGAUGGGAUCAGCGGACUUCGAGGCUGGCGGUGGAUUCUGAUACUGGAAGGUAUCCCAACCGUACUCCUAGGAGUGGUGGCGUGGUUCGUUCUAGCCGAUGAUCCUGACACAGCUUAUUACUUGAACGAAGAAGAGAAGGCCCUCGUGGUCCGCCGACGGAUGCGCUACGUGGGUCAAACGGCAUCUGCGCAGAAGUUCCACUGGGCAGAUGUCAAAGAGGGCGCACUUGAUUGGAGGAUCUGGGCGUUUUCCAUCGCUCAAUUCGGCAUCGAUACCAUGCUUUAUGGCUAUAGUACUUUCCUUCCCACUAUCAUCAAGGGCAUGGGUUCAUGGUCGACGCCCGAAGUACAGGCACUAACAAUUCCAUGCUAUGCACUUGGGGCGUUGGCCUAUCUGGUGACCGCUUGGGUCAGCGACCGAACUCAGCGCCGCGGUCUGUUCAUUUGUAUUUUCUGCGCAAUUUCCGUCGUCGGCUACGGAAUCCUGAUUUCUGAUACAUCCUCCGGGGUGCAUUACUUCGGCGCAUUGCUUAUCGCCCUGGGGCUGUAUGUGGCGGUCGGGUUGCCACUCGCAUGGCUUCCCACUACGCUUCCUCGCUAUGGCAAGCGUACCUUUGCUACAGGGUUGCAACUCACGUUUGGCAACAUUAGCGGUGUUAUGUCACCGUUCUUGUACAAAAAUAACGAAGCGCCUCGGUAUGUCCGGGGAAAUGCCGUGACAUUAGGCCUUGUGGGAUUUGCAGGAAUAGUGUAUGGACUCAUGUGGUUCUACUACCGCCAGAAGAACAUUCGCAGAGUCCAAGGCCUGGAGGACGAGAAGGUUGCGGGGAUGACCGAGGAAGAGAUUGAAGAACUGGGAGAUAAAAGUCCUCGAUUUAUUUAUAACAAUGAUUGGAACAUAGUCUACCACCUAGGUGGCAACGGGCCAUGGAUAGAGAAGACUGACGGGCUUGAAACACCGGGCUUUAAACCCCCAAAGGAGUGCGUUAUUGACCAGGUGCAUUUGAUGUCUCGCCACGGGGAAAGAUAUCCGACCAAAUCUGCUGGGAGUCGUCACCUUGCACUUCUGAAUCGAAUCAAAGAAGCAAACGUGGUUCUUAAUGGUUCGCUAUCGUUCUUGAACGACUGGACAUAUUUUACCGAUGAGCCACAAAAAGACUUUGACCAGCUGACCAGAACUAGUCCGUAUGCUGGCACACUUCAGGCUUUCUCAACAGGCGUUCGCUUCUUAACGCGAUACGGACAUUUGUUGCCACGCCAGGGGACGACAAGGCUGUGGGCAAGUGAGAGUGACCGCGUGAUUGAAACAGCGCAACAUUUCGCGUCUGGAUUUUUCGGCCUGGAUUGGGAAAAGACUGAAAAGGCUACGUUGGAGAUCAUUCCCGAAACACUCGAGCGAGGCGCCGACACUCUGACGCCGGGCGAUACAUGCCCAAAAUACAUCGAAGAUCCUGUGAAAGGACACGACAACGGUGUCAAUAUGCUGGCUCUUUUCCAGGACGUGUACAUUCCGGCCAUUGCCGAGCGACUAAUAAAUGACGAGCAAAAUCUGGCACUCGGAUUCUUAACCAAUCUGGAGGUCUACAGUAUGCAGGAGAUGUGCGGAUUCGAGACGAUCUCUCGCGGGUCAAGUCCUUGGUGCGAUGUAUUUACUCAUGACGAUUGGGAGAAUUUCGAAUACGCCCGUGAUUUAAUUCACUAUUACCGUGCUGGACCAGGCAACCCGUACGCUGGGGCGAUGGGCUGGCUCUGGCUCAAUGCUACGACUGCUCUUUUACGAUCUGGGCCGGACGCUGGUACUAUGUUCUUCAGUUUUGUUCAUGAUGGGGAUAUCGCCCCCUUCCUCACAGCACUGGAUAUCAUGAGAGACCCAAAGUAUGAUCCGUUCUUACCGACCACACAUAGAGUGGCAGACCGCGUCUGGCGUACCUCGUCCGUGCUGCCAAUGGGCGGAAGAAUCGUUCUUGAGCGGUUGACUUGUCAAACCUCAUCGGCGAAGAACUCCAGUGGUCAAGAGGCCAUUCUUCGGGUUAACAUAAAUGACAAAAUUGUGCCACUGCCGUACUGCAAAUCUGGGCCUGGGCUGUCGUGUCCGUUGAAGGAGUUUGUUAAGCAUGUAGAAGGACGAAGAUCGGAUGUGGGAGAUUUUGGAGAAGUUGAAUCCCGGAACCCUCGACGACCACCCGAAGAGAGUGGCCCUUUUGGAAAGAGGAGAAACGCUCGCUACGAUCAUGCUCGAUCGCGUACCCGUACGGGAACACCUGCAAAGAAGGAAAAUCCAAACGUUGCGGAAUUCGGACGGCUUUUCGCUAUGCAGCAAGAAGAGGAGAAGACUCGCAGCAAUACCUUACCGAAGUCGACAUCUACCUCAAAUCUCGACAACGCACGACAGCAGACGGAAAAGGUCGCCACAGAAUGCAUACUGUACGGCUACAAGAGUAAAGACUUUGAGUGGAAGGUGAUCGAUAAGUAUGAGCGGGUGUCCAGAGGCGUGAUCUGUGAAGAUUACCCGCGCUGCGAUCCUAACUCCAUGAGUGGGUAUUCGCAGCUUCUGAGCGGCGGCGAUGUGGUGAUCCAUUCGAAUUUGUCUGCGGAUGCGAACCGCAAAUCGAAACGUUAUGCGGGUGGCUUCCACUGGAUCAAGGUUACGUUCGAUUCGACGAUCGCGGCGGACCGCGCUUGCUUCUACUCUCCCCAGGAGAUCGAUGGACACCUUGUUUUCUGUGAACUGUAUCAUGGCCAAGGACCCGCGGAGGAUGUACCAAUCCUUGCAGAUUCAUCGGCCGCCGAACAGCAAAAAUCGAAAGCAUCGCGCACUUUGACCACUUCGCGCUCGACCACGUUCCUCCAGACGAAUGAACGCUCGACGUUACCGCGGUCAUUCACUGUGAAUAACCUUUCUAGUGUCCCGGAUGUAGAAGAAACCCAAUCAUUUGAAUCGACGCCGACUGCAAGCUCGAUGACUGCCACCGGUGUGGAUCAACCAUCUACAGCUUCCCUUCAACAACGGAAUGUGCCCCAAGAGCCGAAACCAGAGUCUGAGUUCAUGACACAUAUUCCGACGGUGCGUCGGGCGAAAUUACGCCCAAUCGCUGAGGCUCUCCCGCCCCAACCGACCGUCACCGAGCGCGUGUUGCGAUCCAUUCCGAUCCUCAGUUGGUUCACCGGUGACAUCGUGGGAGACGGGCCGCAGCUCAAGGAUGAUGGGACAUUCGACUAUGAUAAGUCGAACACCUACUGGCGUUUCUGGUAUAUGAUCGAUAUGGUUCUCGGCACAGAUAUUUGCGGAUUGCGGGAGGAAUCAUGA